AUGACUGACACGGUGUCCAAGUUAGUCAUGGCAUCCCAGGACAUGAUCACGCUGCUGGGCGUGGUGAUCUUCUUCUUCUGUACCAUCUCAGUCCAGGUCUUCGGCGGGGACCUCUACGAAAACAACGCCAACUUAGAGGGCAGUGAGUACUUGGAGAAGCAUAUGCUGGUGCUGAACUUCAACGACGUUCCCUGUGCAUUCGGGGUCUGGUUCGUGAUGCUCCUGUGUGAGUAUGAGCCGAACUUCCCGGAGGCUGUUUCGCGCACGUCCGCGAUUCCCUUCAGCUGGAUCAUGUUCCCGGUCUUCUACGUCUGCGGCGUGAGCAUCGUCUUCGAGCUCGUCAAGGCCUUCACCAUCGAAGUGUUCAUGUCCCUAAAGCAGCGCUGGAAUCAGCUAAAGCUGAAGAACGAGGGAAUGCACGGAAGUGCUGCUGAAGAUCUUGGGCUGGAUAUGGACAGCUUCACAAAGGCUUUCGAGGAGCGGGGUGAGGUGUUGCACUAUAGGGUGCAGGGCCAUCCGUCGCAAGUCGCAAUGGUGAAGGAGGCUCAGGAGCGAAUGAUCCAAGGCCACGGUCAUGGCCAUGGCCAUGGCCACGGCGAAAGCCCCGGUCACAGCCCUUCCCACAGCCACGGCCACAGCCACGGUGAGAGCCCUCACCAUGGGCACAGCCAUGGCCAUGGGAACGGCCACGACAAGCAGGGCCCAUGA